CAACACGCGAAGAAGCUGCUGGUCAGACAAGAAACCUGGGCUACUUCCCCAGCUCGCUUCCCGUUGGCAUACCUGCCCCUUGCGAUCCUAUCCGCUCCCCGCGUCGUCCUUCACCGCCACCGCGCCGCGUGACAUGGCCACCGGCGACGGGGAGAGCGCGACGGCCAUCGAGGACCUGCCCGCCGACGUCCUGGCCCUCGUGCUCCGCCGCCUCGACGGCGCGUCCCUGGCCGCGCUCGCCUGCGCGUGCGCCGCCUUCCGCGGCCUCGCCGCCGACCCGGACGCCUGGCGCGCGCUCUGCCUCGCGCGCUGGCCCUCGCUCCGCGACGUGCCCUCCGCUGACCACAAGGGCUACCGGCGGCUCUUCGCCGACGCGUUCCCGUUCCCCGCCGCGGCCGCGGCCGUGCCUGCGCCGUCGGCGUCCGCCGCCGUCCCGGCGCGCCGCCUGCCCGCGCGGCUCGUCUCGGCCGUCAACCUCCGUCACGGGGGCGCCUGCAUCAUGUCGCGCGUCGUGGAGACCGACGCCGCGUCGGAGUGGUUCCUGGGCGCGCCGUUCCGCGUCGACGCGCUCGUGCAGGAGGGCCUCUCGGCGCCGGCGCCCAUCACCCCCGCCGACCUGUCGCUAAGCUGGGUCCUCAUCGACCCGGCCACCGGCCGCGCCGUGAACGCGUCGAGCCGGCGCCCGGUGUCCGUGGAUCGGCGGUGGCUCACGGGGGAGACGGUGGUGCGGUUCGCCGUGGUGCUCGGCGGGGGCGUCGCGCUGGACGCGGCCGUCACGUGCGACGAGCGGUUCGGGCAUGUCAGGGAGGUGAGCCUCUGCGUCGAGGACGGCGAGGGCGGCGGCGUGAGCGGGAGGGACGGGCUGGCCGUGGUGGCCGCGGCCAUGGCGGGCGCCAGGCAGGGACGCGGCGGAGAGGCUGCGGCUAGGCUGCGGUAUGAGGAGUUUGUCAAGGGGAGGGCGGCCAGGAAGGAGCGGAAGGCCAGGCGGGAAGGCAUCGUCGACCUCUGCUGCUCCAGCGUCGGAGCGGCGGCGUUCCUGGGGUUCCUGGUGAUGCUGACAUUCCGGUGACAUUUCGACGACCGCCACCCAAAUGUACAGCUCGGCUGACGAGCAUUGUGAAUAGUGGGACGCUGCACACAAGAGCUAUAUAUGGUGCUGGUUACAGGUUUAACAACACUAGCAAUUUAGACAAGGGCCAUCUCAGCGUAUUGAGGACAUAGCAUAUGAAGUGAUCGGAGUUUGUACAGGUGCUAUGGCUUGAUUUUGAUAGAGAGGGUGAGAACAUAGCAUAUGAAGUGAUCGGAGUUUGUACAGGUUCUAUUCUUCAUAAACAUGUGGGAAUCAGACAAAUCAUAUUAAUUUGUUUUCAAGUUAUGAUUCAAGUAUUGAUACAAAGAUAAGACUGAACUUUGGCUUCAAAGCAAGUGUUGUACUGCAUGGAGAACAUACAUAUAUGGAACCUUGAGUAGAGUUCAGUCUUAGAAGUAUAUAGAAUCCAUGUUUAAUUCACUUCAGUUUAUAUGGAAGACUAGAUAUAUAUGACUGUAUGUUCAAAACCACACACAAUAUUCAGAUUCAAAUGCCAAAGUCAUGCUA